UUGAAUGUGGAUUACACUCACGUAUGCCUGUGGGCUUUCAGGUCUGUGAAUUUUUAGCACCUCCUAGACUGGCCGAAGAGAAUAUAAAAGGACGAGCCUAUUCCAUUCUGUGGAGUUGUGGUGUAUUUUCACAGAUGAAGAAGAAGACUAUGUACUAUCCAGACAUGAAGGUGGUAAAACCAUCUUAUGAUGCCAACACACUUAAGACACUGGGAAAGACUACUCUUCAGCACACCUCUGCCCAUGGUAUUCCCAACAUCUUCCGCUCCAAGCACUGGUUCCGGCGCAUGGUCUGGCUAUUCUUUGUGACCUUUGCCCUCUGCUGUGCCCUUUGGCAGUGCACCGAGAUGGUCCUUAACUAUUACACCUACCCUUCCCAUGAGAAAAUCAUGCUGAUCUCAAGUGCCAAGCUCAAGUUCCCGGCAGUCACCAUCUGCAACCUGAACAGCGUCAAGCUAUCUGCUCUCGCUCAAAGCUUUGCCAUGUCUAACUCAUUGCAGGACUCUGGCCUGGAAAUGACCCAUCGGAGGAACCGCUCUCAUCACAUGAAUGUAUCAUCAGACUCUGCAGAUGAAAACAUGCUGUACACCAAUGCUUUCAACAAGUUUGCCUCAGAAUUUAACCAGUUACCGGAUGAGCAGAAGAUUGAGAUGGGGCACCAGCUAGAGGACAUGUUGACCUUCUGCAACUUCCACGGGCAGGAGUGCAAUUCCAGCUUCUUCACUGGGUUCAUUAACUAUAAAUUUGGCAACUGUUACACGUUCAACUCCCAGAAGUCCAUAGACAUCAGAGGAAACCAGAAUAGGGUAGACGUGCUCAACAUCACCAAGGCCGGUUUUAUGUACGGGCUGCACCUGGAACUGUUCAUCCAGCAGAUUGAGUAUGUGCGAGAUAUGACCCACGCCGCCGGCAUCCGACUCCUUGUCCAUGACCAGGCGCAAAUGCCCUUUCCCGAGGAUGAAGGUGUCAAUGUCCCUCCAGGAGCUGAAACUGAGAUUGGCAUGAUGAAGGUCCAUAUAAACAGGCUGCCUGCGCCAUACGGGAACCAGUGUACUCAAGGGGAAGGAAUCAAAAAUUUCUACAAGGAUGUGUACGGAGCCGGAUACACCCGAGAGGCUUGUAAGCGGACGUGCGCCCAACAGAACAUCAUGGACAACUGUGGCUGUAGCCACUGGGAAUUUGCUUGCCCCAAGCAGAGCAUUUACCCCAAGUGUAACCUGAGCAAUAUGGCUAUCCGUGACUGUGUGAAGUUGUACGAGUUUAAAUUUGCACACGAUGAGUUAAACUGCAACUGCCCCCUGCAGUGCAGCGAAGAACUGUACGAGUUAACCGUGUCUGGAUCCCAAUGGCCGUCCACUGCAUUCAUCGAAAAUUUCUCCCGGGAGCUGAAGGAGAUGGGAGGGCAGAUGAGAGAGAUUGCAGACAAUCCCUCAAUGAUCAGGGAUAACUUUGUAAAAGUUGUAGUCUACUUCAAGCAGCUCAACUUCGAACUGAUAGAGGAGGAGCCUUCCAUGACGGAAAUUAACCUAAUCUCUAACAUGGGCGGCCUGGUUGGACUUUGGGUGGGCUUCUCUGUCUGCACCCUGGCGGAGUUCUUUGAACUGUUCCUGGACAUCCUACUUUACUUCAUCCGCCGCUGCUUGAAACCGGUGACCAGACAGGGCUACGCAAAUCCGUACAUCCAGAGGCCAAGCCCCAUCUACCAACAGAAAACCACAAACAUCUAAAAUGGACAACUGAGCAUGGGUUGGUUUGUUAUGGAGACCCAGCUGGGGUUGGCAGUAAUGGUAGAAAUGGAGACAAGCCAAUGACACAUGUAGGCCGUAUCCUGCCUUAAAUCUUGUCCUGAGCUAGGAACAUGCUAUAAACACACAAUAAACACGCUAUAACACUUAUAGGGCACAUGGGGUCCACAUGCCCCUUGCCUGGUGGAAACCAAACUGUUAGUGAAUUUAUUGCAAUGUCUUGUUGGGUCACAUUGAAACAGACCUAAACAUUAUCAGGAAAUAGAACCCUGUAGGUUGUAGAGAUAAAUGUAUUUUCCACCAUGGUUCAAUCAUCAACUCCAGGAAGGGGGUAGGAAAUGUAAGCCAUGUUGGGAUGAAACAGGUAGACCAUUGCAUAAUUGUGCCUCAACAAAGGGCCACCAUGGUGACAAACCACAUUUUCCUAGGAUACAUUGUGAAGGUUGGACUAUAUAGAUAUAUAUGUAUAGAUGGAGGCCAGGAUUGUAGAGUUCCUCACAAGUUCACAACCUACCUGUUUGUUCACUGUGAAAACAUCAUCAAGUGCCUGAUUGUAUAGAAAUGUCCUGCCUCUGCUGUAGACGGACUAUCGACUGGUGGGGGGAACCAAUUCCAACUUUCCCCAAUGUCUUGUUGAAGCUAUUUUUGUGUCUGUUUAUUAGAGCUCAAUAAUAAAUAAGAAGUGUGGUUCGAAAAAUAAAAUAUCCACCUUUUUUUGGGGGGGGGGCAUUUGGUCUAUACACUAUUUUGGUUCAAGAUGGGAUUUGAUCAGAUGAAGGCUCUGUUCCUUGUUCUUUCAUAUCCAGUCCAGCGAUGGGGCAGAUUUGAGGUUCACUGACUAGUUUAUAGGUUUCUUUUUGGUUUAUUGUGUGGUCUAUAAUAAAUUGUAAAUAAAUAGGUUCUCUAUACCAUGUGACUCCAGAGGGGGAAGAAAAACCUAUACAAAUCAAAUUCGAUGAAUUUGGAAGGAAACGGCUUUGAGCAGUUGGUGCUGUGAGUUCACUGCCUUUCUUAAAAACAACAUAUGUUUCAUUUAUUGUGCCGAUUUCUUCCGUUUAAUUUGAAACAUCUUUAUGUACAGGUAUGGGAUCCGUUAUCUGGAAACCUGUUAUCCAGAAAGCUC